AUGGCAAUCGGUUGUACUCGCAUAAUAACAAAUAGGCAACAUAGUACCAAGGAUCUGGUUGAAAUGAUUGAGAAAUAUAAAAUAAAGGCAGUUGUUUUGGCAGCUCGCCAAGUUUCCGAUCUGGUGGACUAUCCUUUGGUAAAUUCGGAGCGUUUGCCCAGUCUACAUUCUGUACUGAUCGGUGGCAGUUCGCUAUCGAACAGGACUCUUGUGAAAAUGGAACAAUUAGCCAAGUCGGCAUUGUUAUAUUUUGUGUACGGGACAACUGAGAGUGGAGCAGUCACUGCUAGUUUCUCGACUAAGCAAUUUGGCAAUACUGUUGGCAAAUUGAUCCCUGGCACCCGAGUGCGUAUUGUCUCUGAUGAGGGUGUUAAUCUAGGACCGAAAGAUAUAGGCGAAAUCUAUAUACAUAAUGGUCAUCAUCAAUGGUUGGGCUACUAUGGCAAUCCGCUGCAGACGCAAAAGACUUUUGAUUCUGAAUCCUGGUUUCACUCCGGCGAUUUGGGAUAUUUCGAUGAAAACAAUAACCUUUAUAUAGUCGAUCGUAAAAAGGAUAUUUUCAAGUGCAAGGGUUUCCAUUACUGGCCCAGUCAGAUUGAGGAUGUUAUAGCCGAAAUGUUCAGGAUGUGUGUGUUGUCAGUGUCUAUGAUGAACGUAUUGGCGAUGCUCCCGCAGCCAUGGUAG